CGCACAUAGCAAACAAGAAGACAACACACAACACUAACAUACUCAUAAGCAGACAACACUCACACCGAUCACCCACCCACAUAUCACCCUUACAAGAGCAUGGCGGAAGAGACGUACACCUGUGUUCGGCAGGGAGAGCAGGUGAUUGCCACGGCGGUGGCUAACCCCACAGCGGCAUUCAAGACGCGGAUGUGCGAAACAGGGCAUGUGAUCAUUUGUUGCCUGCCGCCGUUCUGGUGGGCCCUGCCCUGCAUCAGUUCCAUCUCGUGUUGCGAAGCCUCUGCUGCAAAGUCCCGUGCUCGCCGUGCGCGGCUCAUCCUGACCAACAAGGCCCUGUACGUUGAAGGCGAUGCUUCCGCCAUGCUGCCUCGUAUCCCCCUCGAUGAACUGGGCUCUGUCAGCCUGUCGGCGCCAGACACCUGCCUCGACGCGUCGAACCCGAACCACCAAGACUUUAACAUCACGAUGCGUGGCAAGAGCCAACCCAUGUACUCCCUACCGUGCGUUGUUGACCCGCAGCCUUUCAUUGACAAGGUCUUCCAGGCAAAGGGGGCCUUUGAGGCGAACGAAAGAAGCGCAGACGCCGCCGCUCAGCAACCACAGCCCUUCUCACACCCGCAGCAGCAGCCGCCGCAGCCCAUCUCGCACCAACCACAGCCCAACUCGCACCAACCACAGCCCAACUCGCACCAACCACAGCCUAUGCAUCAGGCCCAACAAUAUGCGCAGCACCAACAGUUUGCCGCUGCCGCACACCGCACCCAAAUUCCAGGCGCCUUGUAUCCUCCUCAACCGUCAGCACCCAUGCUUCCAGGAGUAUACAACGGCUCGGCGCCAGCUGCCUCCAGCUCUCAGCAGCCGCCUUCCUACGACGAUGCCACAAAUCAUCCUGGCCCAGCAGCAAACGCAAGCGGCAAGGACAAGAGCACAGAUGGCAGUGAUCCGGACCGCAAGCGUGUGUUUGUGACGCUCCAGACCAACCCGAGCCAGCGAGCCAUCAUCGUGCUGGGGAAGGACGACACGUGGCACACGUUCACGUAUGCGGUGCUGCAGAAGCUUGGCGUAGCAAGCACAUGCACGCCAGAGCGGGUGCGCGUAUUCCUGAAUGGGUUUGAAGCACGCACCCUUGAAGACAUCAGCAAUGAUGACAGGCUCGACAUUGUGCUGUGAUGUUUUGUGCGUGCGUGUGUGUGUGUGUGUUUUCGACUCGUUCUCUGUAAAAGCUUAUUUGCAUUCGCUGUUACAACUUUGUGGUUGGCAAACCUCGCGUACAUGAGUGCGCGUUCUUGGUGUUGAUCCCUGUCUGUCUGCUUUCCUUGCCGCUGUGCAAUGCCCUGUGUUCUUGGCUGAAGUGCUGGUCAUUUCCGUCCACAGACACACACAGACAGACACAGAGAAGUACACGUCCGACUAACAGCAAUCACAUACAUAC